GUGGAAAACAUGGCGGCGGACUGCCAGCAGGGAGACAGCACUUAGGGGAAAGGACGGUUGGAAGUGUCUCCGGCGGCGUGCGGAGGAGGAGGAGAAGACAUUUGACACGCUGGUGUUUCGUAUGAAGCGGCUUCACUCUUGUUUUCGCCACAGGGACCGCGGGCAUGGAGGACGAGGAGCGGCAGAAGAAGCUGGAGGCCGGCAAAGCUAAGUUGGCUGAAUACCGCCAGAGAAAAGCCCACGCAGACUCCCAGAAGAAACAGAAAAAGAAGAAGAAAAAGAAGACUGCGGAGGACUCGGAGGGGGAUUCGCAGAGAAGGGUGGAGGUCGAGCCAGAUAAGUCUGUGGAGGCAGAGGAGGUCUGUCGAGAUGGAUCACAAGAAGGAAACAAAGACCCUCCCACCACAGAGUUUACCUUCGCAAGGACGCUGCGUGGCGGAGAGACUGUCAAGCACGACCAGACCUACACUAUAGAGCCGGAGAGCGAAGUGUCCACUACCGCUGAAGAUUAUUCCUCAGAGGUAAAUGGGUGCCAUGAUGACAUGACAGAGAUUCUAAUGAUGUCUUCGAAGGAUUUUAUCUGGGACGAGGUGGAGUCUCUGCAACAGGUGACAAAAGGAGGUACGAUGCAGGAUAUGGAAGAUGCGCUCGCUGCCGAGACCCAGUCAGUGGAGGACCUGAGUCAAGAGGAAAUCCGGGCUGCCUUUGGAACAGAAGGAGUACAGCAGCUGCAGGACUUUGAAGCUGCUCUGCAGCAGCGAGAUGGCAUCAUCACCCAGCUCACAGCAAACCUUCAGCAGGCUCGUGAAGAGAAAGACGAGAUCAUGAAAGAAUUCCUGGAGCUGACAGAACAAAGCCAAAAACUACAAAUUCAGUUCCAGCAGCUGCAGGCGGGUGAGACACUAAGGAAUACCAGUCACAGCAGCACAGCAGCCGAUCUACUGCAGACCAGGCAGCAGCUUGUCCAGUACCAACAGCAGCUGGAGGAAAUGAACAUGGAGGCCAGGAAGCACCAGGGCAGGAGCAGUGAACAUCUGGAGCACAUCAGCCAGCUCCAGCACAAACUCAAUGAGAUGGAGAUGUCGGGAAGAAGAUCCGAAGAGUCGUUUACACAGAGGAUAAACAAAAUGGACCUGCUGAUUGCCGAACAAGAAAAAGUCAUUGCGGAUCAGGAGCAACUGCUGACAGAAUCGAGAGCGGCAGAGGAGUCUUAUGGACAAACACUGGAAGAGAAAAGUCUGUUCAUUUCGGAGCAAACUGCAAUAAUCACAGAGCAUGAGCGGUCAUUGACCCUGCUCAGAGAGGAACUUGCUCACGUAGGAAGGACUUCAGAUGAGAAUAUCAUACAGCAGUCAGAUGAGAAAGACCUGAUCAUAGCAGAGCAAGAGAGAGUCAUUUCAGAACGCGACUGCUCUCUCACACAGCUCGAGGAUGAACUUGAGACCUCCGAAAAGCGCCUGCGUGAUCUCCAACAGCGAAUGGCCACAAAAGAAUCAGAGCUUGAAAAAUGCCUUGAUGAGUUGGAGAGCACCAAGUCUGACUUAGAAAGUUGUAUAGGUGAAGUGGACAGUUGUAAAUCAGAACUGGAGAAAGGGCGAGUUGAGUUAGAAAGUUGUCAGAGUGAACUUUCAGCCUCCAGACAAAAAGAGCGAAUGUCCUCUAAUGAAAUCAUGCAGCUCAUGGGCUCAGUGGAGGACCUGCAGAAACGCUGUCACCAGGGCAGCCUGUCUGAGAGUGACACCAUCCAAAAAAUGCAGGAAGAGACUGAAAGGAAACUUGAACUUGUCAGGGCAGAGCUGGAUGAGAUGUACGGCCAGCAAAUUGUCCAAAUGAAGCAGGAGCUUAAUUUGCAACACACAGGGAAAGUGGAGCAAAUGACUGAGCUACAUAGUACUGAGCUUGAGCUUCUAAAAGCACAACUGUCUCAAAGCUCGACUGUUAGCACUGCUGAGGUGGACAGUCUCAAUGCUAAGAUUAAGGCGCUUCAGGAGACAUUAGAGCAAUCCCAAGCAAUGCAUGAUAAAACCAUACACGAGCUAAGCCAAGUCUCCCGCGAGAAGUUCAACCUGCAGGUCAACGUUGAAGAUCUUCUUCAAGAUCUUCGUACUGCUAACGAAAAAGUGGAGCUGGUCUCCCACAGUCUUAUAUCUCAGGAAAGCCAACAAGGUGAACUUCAGCGCUUCCAGGAGACAAUUGACAGUCUGAAGAGCGACCUGGCUGCUGCGCAAGAAGCUGCACAAGACGCAGAAACAAAACAUGAAUCCGAAACAACCAACUACAAGAUCAAGCUGGAGAUGCUAGAAAGGGAGAAAGAUGCUGUGCUGGACCGCAUGGCCGAGUCACAGGAAGCAGAGCUGGAACGGCUGCGGACUCAGCUCCUGUUCAGCCAUGAGGAAGAGCUCACCCAACAGCGGGAAGAAUUACAGAGGGAGAGUUUCAUGACCACAGAAAACCUUCUAAAUGAAGCUGCUAUCAAACAUGAGAGAGCGUUGAAUGAGCUGCGCAUUAGUUAUGAAGAAGAGCUGCAUUUGUUACGAAGAGAGAAGGCAAACUUUGCCACAGAGCGAGAUGAGCUUUUGCAUCAAAUUCUUGGCCUGAAAGAAGAUCUAAAGCUAGCGUUGCACAGCUCCAAAGCAGAUGAGCUGGUUGAGCAGCUCCAAGAACUUCAGGUGGAGAUUGAGGAACUGAGAAAGGGAGGAGAAGAACGGGUCAGAAUGGAAAACGAGUUUCAGACAUUACUAAAAAAGACGGUGGUGCUUGAAACACAGACAAAAGACAAAGAACAAUGCUGGGCAAACAAAUGGAAAGAGCAGGAAUUAGAAACAAAGACGUUAAUAGAAUCCAUUAACACUUUAAGAGAAGAGUUGGAUGCAAAAUUGAUGAAAAUUGAGACAUUGACAACAGAGAAGAGUAAAAUACAGCAACAAGUAAAUGAGCUCAGAGAGGAAAUUGAAAACCAGAGGACUACUUUCUCUUUUGCUGAAAAGAAUUUUGAGGUAAACUAUCAGGAGCUGAAGGAUGAGUACGUGUGUCUGGUUCAGGCAAAGACGCAGCUAGAGGAGAGGACACUGAAGGAGACACUAGAGUCUGAGGCUAAAAUUGCCAGCCUUCAGUCACAGAUUCGGGAGCUGGAGGAGAGCAGCAGAGAUAUCAAAAUGGAGGACAUAACUACAGAUGGUAAAUCUUUGGUCGAAAAAUAUACUACAGAGCUAAUGGAGAAACUUAAUGUUACUUUGAGUGAGAAGGAAAGCCUGACUGCCAGGCUUUCAGAAGUUACAGAGCAACUAAUGUUCGCAGAGAGCAAAGUGGGACAGCUGGAUGAAGAGCUGAUAAAAGUGAGAACAGAAAUCGCAAAGGUCAUGGCCCACAAGGAAAGCCUAGGAACAGUACAGGAAAAAGAGCAAGGGCUUAUGAGAGAGCAGACGACGGGGCUGGAUGCCCAGAGAAAAGCUAAGCUCCAGCAAGAAGAGCAAGCUGUACAGCCAGAUAGUUCUUUUGAGGAUCAUCACUCUCAGAUUCAAUCUCUGCGAGAGGAGAUAAAAGCUCUUCAGUCCCUGCUACUGGCAACUGAAUCCGAGAGAGACGACAUCCGGCAGACCCUGGAUCUUCAGAGGCUUUCGCAGACCGCAGCAGCGCUCCAGUUCUCGGGGGAGGGACCUGUUGAAGGACGAUCCUCUCCGCAGAAGUCCACAGCCUCAGGGUCAAACAGGCGCAAGAGACGGCAGAGGUCGAAGCAGGAGCGCAAACUGGGCAGAGAAGACUGCAGCAGAGAAGAAAGGCAAAGGGAGGAGGAAGAGGAGGCAGUGGUGGAGGAAGAGAGAGCUCAAUGUGCCGCAGAGCAAGAGAAGCAGCCUCAGAUGGAGAGCCAGGUUAUGUCAUGUUCACAGGAGAGGGCCAGUAAGGAGGAAUUCAAUGAUGGGUGCCAGGGAGACGGAGGCAGAGACUACAUCAACAAUCAGGUGAGCAGUAAUGAGGCGGACGACCACCACACGGAGCCCGUCGUGUGCCGGAGAGCAGAGGAAGAAGAGGAGACUACUGAGCAUGGUGAGUGCAGGCUGCAGAUGGAGGCCCAGCGCAUCAGCCUGUCUCAGAUCCACGCCGCCCAGCUCGAGUUGCUGCAGGAGGAGACUGAUACCCGCACACACUCUCUGGAGCUGCAACUGCAAAACCAGAAAGUCCACGGUGACCUGGAUGACACAAAAAUCUCCAAAUAUCAGAACAUGUUUCAAGCUGUGUCUAAAGAAUGCAGUGAGAUCAUUCUGUCUUUUCGUAAGAUGUUUGGUGAAGAGUUUUUGGAGAGUGUCGAUGAGGGCUGCAAGCCUCAUUCGGAGGAAAGACCAGAAACUAGUGAAUCCCCCUCCAUUGUACUUGAAGCCAGAGAGCUAUACAGAGGUCUUCAGCAGGUGAAAGGGACGAUUGAGCGGGAACAUCAGCGACUGUCACAGCUCCAGGCUCUGCUGAGAGCUGAUGGGAACAAGGUGAUGGAGCUGCAGGUGGCGUACGAUGAACUGAGGAGCAGCAGUGAGAAGGAGAUCUCUGACCUGCGUUUGCAGGUUGCUCGCUGUAGUCCCUCCUCAAGCAAAGGUUCAGAGGAGCAGGCUGGUGCGCCAUCCACCUCCAUAACCGAGGAGUCACAGAGGCUGAAGGUCGAGGCUCAGGAGAAGCAGCUCCAGCUGGAGGAUAGUCACAGACAAGAGCUGGAGCGUCUCCGAGCUCACUACCACCAGCAGGCCACCGAGACCCAGGAGCAGUACACCACCGAGCUGUUCAUGCUGCAGCAGCGACUGCAGGAGGUCACAGACACUGAGACCCCCCACAGCCUGUCCACAGUUCCAGAGUCCAGUUUUGAGCGGGUGGACGAGCACAGCGAGGAACUAAAGGACCUGGUUGAAGACGUGUUGUCAGAAGGAGGUGUGGAGGUGCAUUGGCCUGCUAAGUCGGCAGGCCUGACUGCACAGCUGCAGGCACUGAGGACAGCGCUAUACCACAAGUAUGUCCAAGAGGUUGCCACUCUCAAAGAGCAGCACAGCAGUGAGUUGAGGCGACUGAGAGAGGAAUUGGAGCAGGAGAGCCAAAGAGAGGAGUGUCAGGAAGAGAGAGGAGGGAGAGAGCAGGAGCUCAGCAGCGCUGGAAGCUGCAGACAGAGCCCCGGGGCUGCCGGACAGGUCGGGCUCGAGGAGAAACAACAUUGGGGCAGAGCGGAGGAGGAAGUUGCCAAAGCCAUAGUUCAGAUGUCAGUGGAUUUCGCGCUGCAGACGGAGCGGACUCGCAUCAACAAGCUUGUCUGCGAGACGAGCACCUCCAUUCAGACCCAGUCAUAUGAAGAGGAGAUGGAGCAGAGGGAGAACGAAGAGCGGACUCCCAGGGCUUCUUUCAGCCCAGGCGCCUGGCUGGAGGAGGUGGAGAGGGAGCGACUGGAAAAGGAGCUGGAGGAGAGGAAUGCAGAGAUCCGAAAGUUAAAGGAGGAGCUGCAGAAAACUGAAACAGCACCGGAGCAGGCCUUUAAGAAGAGAGAAGACGAUCAGAAAGAAGUUGAGGAAGAGGAAGAUCCUGGUGGGCCGGGAAUGAAGGAGGCUUAUGCACAAAAAUCCUCAUCACAGGAUGAUGGAGAGUCCUCCGAUAAGGACACUGAAAGGAACCUGUUGCGUGAGGCCAACGAGAAACUCAGCCAGGUGCUGGCUGAUGUCCUGAAGACGACGGCAGCAGCAGAGGAAACUAUGGGCCUCCACAUACAAAGUCUAUAUGAUGCUUCCAGUGAAGGGCGGCAGGCUUCUCCUCCCACCUCACAGAGAGCAACCUGGCAGAGAGUUAACACGCAGUCCUUCAGGCCGUUUUCUGCAGGUCAUGCUGCAGAAAGUUGCCAGGGCAGUGAGACCGGUGGAGACGAUGCAAGUUCAUGGUCGGGUGAGACGGAGGCUGAUGACAGUAUGGAGGUGUCCCAGCAGAUGAUGGACAGCCUGCUGCAGGGGGCGGGGACACAGUUACAGAACGAGGAAUAUCUAAUGGGUAUUGGUAGCCGACUCCAAACUGCUCUGGAGAAGAUGCUGAUGGCCAUCACCGACACCACCGACCAGCUUGAACAUGCCCGGAUGACCCAGACCGAGCUGAUGCGGGAGUCCUUCCGCCACAACCAGGAGAUGAGCGAGCUGCUGCAGAAGCAGGAGGAACUGCAGGACAGGGUCUCGGAGGAGUCCCGGGCCCGGGAGCAGCUGGCUCUGGAGCUUCAUCGCGCUGAGGGUCUAAUUGAUGGCUACACGGGCGAACGGGCUGCGUUGGAGGAGCAGUUGCGUCAGAAGGCAGAGCUUCAGAUGAGCCUUGAGCAAGAGCUGCAGGUUACAGGUAGCCGGCUGCAGGAGUUGGAGCAGGAGAGGCUUCAGAUGCAGGAAGAGAGGGAGCUACUGUCACGGCAACAGGACGCUAUGAGGGAGCACGCCGGGCCCCGUGAGCUUCGCCUAGUUGAAGCUGCAAUGGUUGCAGCACCUGAAGCAGAUCUGCUGGAGGAGACGGAGAAGCUGAUGAAAGAGAAGGUGGAGGUCCAGCGUCAGGCAGAGAAGGAGAACACCGACCUCCUGAAGCAGGUGAAGCUACUGGAAGCAGAGCUGGAGGAGCAGGUCAACAAGGUGAUUGAGCUGGAACACGCUCAGAGGACAGAGAGCGGAGACCUGGAACAACAGAUCCAAGCUCUGGAGAAACAGCUGGAGAAAAACCGGAGGUUCCUCGACGAACAAGCCGUGGACCGGGAACACGAGAGGGAUUUCUUCCAGGAGGAGAUCCAGAAACUGGAGAAGCAGCUGAAGAAUCCGCAGAAGCUCCAGGGCGGCUCUGAGCAAAGGAACCGAGAGGUGGACCAGCUGACCUCCCAGCUGAAGGAGAAGGCGGAUUGGUGCAGUGAGCUGCUGCUCAGCUCAGAGCAGCUGCGUCGUGAGUUGCGAGAGCGCGACGAGGAGAUUGACAAGCUGGAGAGCCGCAUCCGCGAGCUGGAGCAGGCCCUGCUGGCCAGCGCUGAUUCCCUGGAGAAGGUGGAACAAAAGAAGCAGCAUGCAUCCAUUACAGAGACCAGACACUCCACACUGGAGGCUCAGCUACAGACGGAGAGAGAAGCUCUGGAGCGCAAAGAGAAAGAGAUCUGUAACCUGGAGGAGCAGCUGGAGCAGUUCCGAGAGGAGCUGGAGAACAAGAGCGAGGAGGUGCAGCAGCUUCAAAUGCAGAUGGAGAUCCAGAGCAAGGAGAUCAGCAGCCAGGAGCAAUAUCAAGAAACAAGGGACAGCAUGCUCCAGGUGAUGGAGGAGAAGGACAGGCAAAUAGCACUUCUUAAUGAACAGAUCACUAAGCUUCAACACAUGGAAACAGCCUCUGAUAACAAGGAAAUUGAUGAGAAGGAUGAGCUGAUAAAAGAUCUGGAGUCCCAGGUUGAGUGCCUGCGCAGUGAGCAAGAGCGCUUGAAGAGGAAUAGUGAAGAGGAGCUUGACCAACUGAAUGCAGUCAUAGACAAACUUCAGCAGGAACUGGCCAAUAUCGAGCAAAAACAGGCUGCAGAGGAGGACGAGGACAUCAAGGGUGAGCCAGGGAGUGGUGCAUGGGGGCCAGGAAAAGAUGAGUACGAUGAAAUGAAGCAGAGAAUGGACCUGGCCACCAAAGAACUUAAUACACUGAAAACAGACCACAGUAAGCUGCUGGAGACAUAUCGGUGCUUUAAAGAGAGGGAGGGAGCUGAUGAAACAGAAAAACUGGGUAGUUCAGAGGGUCAACUCGAAGAAGCUCUCAGAGAGAAGACUGCAGGACUUGUAGUCAUGCAGGCCCAAGUAAAAGCUCUGGAGCAGAGCGCAACGUCCAGGGUGGAAGAGCUAGGGCUCCGUAUCCAGGAGCUUGAGGACUUGGUCGCCGAAAGAGACAGUGAAAUAAGUCGCUGUCGCCUCCUCGUGGAGCAAACUCAAAGCCACGCAGAUGGUUUCCAACGGAGGGUCUCCAAUCUGGAGGAAGAUCUGAGGGAGAAAGUGGCUGGGGCGUUGGUCAGCCAAGCCACUCUGGAGGUCUUCCAGCAGCAGCAGCAGCAGGCACAGGGAUCCAGAGAAAACCGGGACGUGCAGAGACACGCAGACCCACAAGGAAAGCCCAACGUGGAGCCACGUGUACAUGACUUUGGUGACUUUGGUAUUCCCAAAAUGGAUUUCAGUGGACUGGGUCAACCAACACAAGUUUCCACUGGCAAGGUGGUUCAUCUGACCCAGAAGCUUCUGGAGCUGGAGGUGGGACUCAGUGGGAUGCAGAAAGACCAGGAGCUCCAGAAGCAGCUGCUCUCCAGCUCUGAGGAGGAGGUGCUGGAGUACGAGAAGAGGCUGGCCAUGCUCAUGGACCUGCUCAGUCAGAUGAAGUCGAGUACUCACCAGAGGACUUCAGCAGCUGUGAACGCCUCCUCUGCUGAUGACCAGCCGCUUGUGUCAGAGCUUCGUCUGGAGUUACAGGAGGUUCAAGUCGAGACCUUGGCCACCAAAGAGCAGCUCAACAGCUACAAGGAGAGCUGCAGCAGACUCCAGGAGGAGCUCCAAGAAAAAACUGUGACGAUAGAAAUAUUACAGGACCAACUUCAAAAGGUAUCAUCUAGUGGCAGUGAGGAAGUCAAGCUAUCCGAGCUUCAACAGGAACUCACGGAGGCUCAGGAUGAGGCAGCAGCUACCAAAGAGGAGCUGAACAGCAGCCGGGAGAGUUUGGAGAAGCUACAGGAGCUGCUGCAGGAGCGGGAAAUGACCAUUGCUCACCUUAAAGGAGAACUUUUCCAAGUAAAAUCUGUCGAAGGAGCAGACAGGACAGAGCUUCAACAGGAGCUGCAGGAGGUCAGAGACGACGUGGCGUCCUCCAAAGAAGAACUGAACAGCUACAGGCAGCGCAAUGAGAAACUGCUGCAAGAGCUCCAAGUCCGUGAAGUUUCCAUUUCCAAACUUAAAGAGGAGCUCCAGCAGUUGAUCAAGGAUGUGGAUUCCACCAAAGAAGAACUCAACAGCUAUAGGCAGCAAAAUGAGAAACUCCAGGAUGAGCUGCACGUCCGUGAACUGUCUAUUUCGCAGCUCAGAGAGGAGCGGAAGGUGGUGAAAACAGCUUUGAUGAAACCAGCAGACUCUGGUCCUCUAUCUCCAUCUCCGUCGCCGUCUCCUUCUCCGUCUCCUCAGCCACAGUCCUCUGCUUCAUCCUCCGCCACCACCCAGCCCAAGAGGAAAGGAGCCAAACAGCCGAUCGCUAAGGGAAGCAGUGCCAAAGAUAAACCAUCUCUGUCCAAGAAAAACUCUGUUGCUUCUAGCCAGUCGUCGAACAGAUCUCACAGCUCCCGGCCAAACAGCAGCAUCGAACAGCAACAUUUGGCUGUUGCAGACUCGUUCACACAGACCGAACCCCUCCAAAUGUCCCGUCUCAGUCCAGAAAACGAGUCUGUCGCCAAAGAGGAGAUGGAGGAGGUGAUCGGUGAGUUUCAGGAGAAGAUAGUGCAGAUGCAGGAGCUCCAUGCAGCAGAAAUCCUGGACAUGGAGGCUCGGCAUAUUUCGGAGAGCGAGAACCUGCGGAGGGACACACAUGCACUGGAGGAUGAGUGUAAAGCCCUGAAGGCCGUCAUUGACAAGCUGCGCUCUACUGGGACUCUCGCAUCAAGACAAGACCGUCCUACGCCACAGUUCAAAGAUGGAUACACCAGUGACAGCAGCUCUGACUACAGCCAGCGGACUGGAUACGACCUCCCAAGCCUGCAGCAGGAGUUCAGGACAACUCCAGAGGGCGCCAGGAGAGAAACUGAUGAUCCAAUGCCUGACCGGAUCAAAUUGUUGCUCCGUGAGGUGCACCAGGAGGGGAUGCAGGUUCUUUCUCUGUCAGAGCUUCCGCUCUCUGGAGGCGAGCCGGGCAACCAGUUCAAUGUCCAAGGCUGGGUGAAGGAAAGAGAAGAUUUGCUCGCAACCGUGGAUUCUCUCAAGGGCCUCAUCACUCAGAUGAAGACACGCAGAGAAACACAGGCGCCGGGUGGUGUGGACUGGCGUGCAGAGCUCCUGGAAGCAGUGAGGCAGGUGUUUCUGAGGGAACGAAGCGUGCUGAAGAGCACCCUCUACAGCCAGCUGGACCUGCUGGACACCAGCGACGCCAUCAUCCACCUCAAUCAGCUGGAGCGCAGACUGGCUGAACAGGACGCCCACCACAGAGACGCCAUGGGUUCACUCCACACUGCAGAGCGGUCUAGUCUCAUCGUUGAGAUUCAUCAGCUUCGUGGUCAAUUAGAGCAACUUCAUCAAGGCGUCCAGCCUGCAGUGUCUUUGACCGGUGAAUGUAGCAUUAAGGAGCAGUGGGAGGGAGGAGGAGGAGGAGCGGGUGGAGUGACAGAGGCCGACAGGCUGCUGGUGGAGGAGCUGAAGGGUGAACUGUUCCAGACUAAACUAGAGCUUGAGACGACGCUCAAAACUCAACACAAACACCUCAAAGAGCUGGACACACUCAGGGCAGAGGUAUCAAAGAAAGCUGCCGAGGUGGACGCGCUGAAUGAUCAGCUGACAGACGAGAAGAAGCGAGGCAGAGAUCUCCAGUGGGCGAUGGAGAAGGAGAAAUGUCGAACUGGGAGAACUGAGGAGAAUAAGCGAGAACAACUGGAGGACCUCCACCUCAGUCUGGAGGAGCAGAAGAGCCGCGUGGCCCAGCUGACCCUGACCCUUGACCAGGAGCGCAGGGACUCGUCCCAGCUCUCCCAGCAGUCUGAGCUGGAGCGCCUGAGUCUCCACAGACACCUCCAGGAGCUUCAGGUCCAGUUGGAAACUGAGCGAGCCAAAGCCCGGGAGAUGAGCACUGCGCUGGGGAGGGAGAGGGAGCUGCGGACGGGUCGCUUCUCUGACAACGGCUCCUCCAACGGGGAACAGGUCGAGGAGGACAGAAGGGGCCUCGAGGAGGACGGGAGUCUGCUGGAAAGACUGCAGAGGGAGCUGGAUGACAAGCACGCACAGGUGGUGCAUCUCCUCAGUCAGGUGGAGGCCCAGAAGCUUGAGGUGGUGCGAAAAGAGGAGGAGCUGACCUUGGCAGGCCAGAGGUCGAGACGGGACGAGGAGGCGCUGCAGGAGGCUCGGGCCCAGCUGGAGAACUGGGAAGCACGAAUUUCAGAGACCCAGGAGCAGCUGGAGAGAGAGGGGGAGAGGAGGAAGAGCCUGGAAGAGGAGAAGGAGAGGCUGGAGGAGAGGUUGACCCGAGUCGGAGAGCAGAGAGGACCAAGGGAUGGGAGCGGAGCUCAGCAGGCCGAGAGCCACGCUCAGGCCGUAUCGAACAGAGCGUCCACCGACCUCACCAAAGACUGGGUGUUCCAGCAGAAGAGUGGAGAUGUUCAGUCUGCCGGCUCCAGCCCGUCACCCCACCAUGAGCUCUCUCCAACGGGUCUCACCGGUGGACCACAUCACGGCUCUUGGCGCACAGUCGACAAGGUCGUGGGAAAACUCCACCUCAUUUCCUCAAAGAUCCGCAGCAUGGCAAACAAAACUACUGGCAGACUGACUGCAGAGGUCGACAGUGAAGAGUUGUCCUGGGUGCAGUCCAGUGUUGAUGAGGUCAUAACUUUGCUGCAGCAAUCCCCGGGUCUACCCUCCAUCCCUGAGAGUGUGUCCUUGCUGGCAGGAGGCUCCUCAAGCUCCUCUAGCUCCCUGACCGAGCGGCUGCUGAGGCAGAACGCUGAGCUGACGGGCUUCGUCAGCCGCCUGACGGAGGAGAAGAACGACCUGAGGAACCACACACUGCGCUUGGAGGAGGAGCUCCGACGUUAUAGACAGGCUGGACUGGGAGCAGCAGACAGUUUCAGCAGCCGGAAAGGGGCGUCAAAGAUGGACUCGGACAGUAUGCUGCUUUCCCAUGAGCGGGAGGCUUGGACUCGCGAGAAGGUCCGUCUGGAGAAAGCUCUACAUCUGGCUCAGUCCCAGGUGGCCCGACUCAGGGGGGAGAUCAGGACGGACACGCUGCGAGAGAUAACCGGACCUGAGGCUGACAAUGCUGCACUGAAGAGGAUGUAUGGGAAGUACCUGAGGUCAGAAAGCUUCCGCAAAGCACUGAUCUACCAGAAAAAAUAUCUGCUGUUACUGCUGGGCGGUUUCCAGGAGUGUGAGGAGGCCACGCUGUCGCUGCUCUCCAGGAUGGGCAGCCGGCCGUCGCUCCACAGCCUGGAGUCCUUCAACCAGCGCCGCCGAGGGCUGAUGCGCUUCCGCUCUGCCGUCCGGGUCUCCAUCGCCCUCUCCAGAAUGCGUUUCCUAGUGAAGCGAUGGCAUAAGGCAACAGGGAUGAGCUCCACGGCCUUCUGCAGCGUGAACAAGAACGGAACAGGACAGACAUCAAGUACGGAUGUGAGAGAUUCACCGUAUCUUCACCCGGGCAGCGUAGAGAUGUACAGAGAAAAGGGAAGCGGAGGAGGAGUCUCCAGCAGCAGGGGGAGAAGUGGACGCGAGUCUCCCCGAUCGGCUAUCUCCUCCACCCCUCACAGGUUUCACGUGGCUGGAGACCACGGCGGUCUCACCUGUUCCCACCUGCAGAGCUACGACCCUGACCGCGCGCUCACCGACUACAUCUCCAGACUGGAGGCGCUGCAGCGGAGGCUGGGGAGCGUGACUUCAGGUGCUUCUUCGUAUGCUCAAUUGCACUUUGGCUUGAGGAGAUAAGAUGAUGACAAGUUACUUUGGCUUGAAGAAACUCAGUUGCCUUUUUCUCGUGCUGAGCGCUCCGCUGUUUUCUAUCGUUCUGGUGUGGACUGUAUCUUUCCAUGUGUGGACCAAAACAUAUUUUUUUUAUUAGCGUACGUACGACAUGUUGUAUUCAGGCUUCUUUGUUGCCCAGCACUUGAAAAGAAAACAGCUACGUUUGUAAUUGAAUCUGCCUCUUUGUCGUGGAUGAACUACAAUCAUGUAUAUUUGUCUAAUGCUAAUUUAAGACCUUGUGAUUAAUUUAUGUUGUGUUGUAUGGGUGGAGCGUUACGUAGAGAAUGUGUGGGUUUACUGUUUAAAGGAGGCUGCUACUGGAUAUUCUACACUACACUGUGUUUUGUUUAGGGCGGACAGACGACAGAGGACAUUUGUAGAGAACGUAUUUUUGUAAAGCGUAGGAGCUUUUGAAUUUUCUGGGUAUUUUGUCAAAAACUGAAAUAAAGAGGACUACAUUAUUUGAA